AUGAAUCCAAACCUCUACCUGAGGAUCACAGCUAUAUGGAAUAAAGAGAUGCCCGCCAGGACGAGGUUUACCCUCCACGGUUUCGAUCCAGCAGUCCGUGCGCUACUCGAUCCAUGCUCAGAUGUUCCAUCCAUACCAGGUUCGCCGUCUCCAGCCGUUGAUUCGACAGCCGAGGAGCUAACCCUAGCUCCGUCCUCAUCACGCGCCGUGCGACUAACUGUCGCGCCCGAGGUAGCCGUGAUCAACGAGAAGGAAGAGGGCCCCGUCGAUGAUGUGCUUCCGUGUCAAAGCAAGCCACUUGAGUUGGAUGAAGAAGCACCACCCGUCAUGGAUCCGUCUACCUUUGUGGACCGCAGCGCCGCGGUACGACCACCAACACCGCCAUCCAUCCGUGGCGCUGCUGUAGACGAAAAGAUUGCGACAUCCGUGGCCGCUCAACCAUCAACCGGAGAGCUAGCCCUAGCGCCAACGACCAAGGUCGUUCAUCCAUCAACCGCCAAAGUUCCUCUCAUCACAAGGAGGAUUGGCUACCGAAGAAAGAGGAGAGGACGAGUCAAAUCGUCAAAUCCAUCUUGGGAACCGACCGACAGGGGUAACAACGGAAUCACGUCGAAUGAAGGUGCUACAACUAAUGGAGAGGAACACGUUUCAAUGCUCGCCAGUCCUGGAAGAUGUAGAGGGAGGAUCCCACGUAUUGAUGGUUUGAAGUUUAGGAAGAAGAGAAAGAAACGGGGUGCAAGCAUUAGGGCAGCUACCCCUCUGGCCAUCGAUGCAUCACCAUUGCUCACGCCAGCCCUUCUUGCACCGCCGGCCACCACCGCCAAUAUUGAUAUCACACGAACUGCUGUCGCCGCGCAACCAUCAAAGAAGGAGCGAACCUUGGCUCCUAUUCCACUGAUCGCCACCGCGGGAAGCUUACCAAGGGUUCGGGUUCGGGGUCGGGCGUCAUCGCCACCAUUCAGGGCCGAGGAGCUCACCCUAGCUCCACCAUUGUUAACUGUACUCCUAGAGACGACGGUAUUUACAACAGUAUCGAGCCAGUUGUCGUUAUCAUCCAUCCCCGUCAUGGCAGUUGUCGUACCAGCUGUAGCUGCUCCUUCCAUCGCUGCUCAUCGGCCUACCGAAGAAGAAUCACCAACCGAGGCAGAUUGCAUUACGGAUGUUCUCAAUGGAAUCAGAACUAUGGGCGAUGUGUACCACAAGAGGAUCCCAUGGGAUGUAGCCGGAAGGGGUUCGAUUUGUGUGCUUCGACCGAACUGGAAAUUUCGUAAGCGCGGAAUUCCAUUGGAAUCACAUACGUGUUUCCACCGCCGCACCCGUCGUUACGACAAGCUCACCAUCAUCAACGACGUGACCGAACAACGAGAUUGGAUUAGCUCCACCGCCGCACGUCGUAGCUCUGUCAUUUCCAACCAUAGCCUCAAUAAGGCCAUCAUCGUAGCAGUUGAAGAAGUUGACAUUCCCAAGAAAGGAGGAUGGUUCUUCGAUGACGAGUUAGGUCUCAACCUUGGAUGUAAAGUCCGCGUGAAAGUGAUCACUACCACGACGUCAGAGGACAAAUUCACUCUCACAAUCCAACCUUCCUUGUCCAUGGGCUUCAAGACGCUGACAACCUUAAAUGGGAGAAUGGAGUGGUUGAUCAGUUCUUCUCCGACGGCGACGGCGGUCUCUCCCCAAGGGCGGCCGCCAGAUCCUCUGACCCCAACAGAAACUAUGAUGAACGAAGGAAAGAUGCUGGAGAUCAUACCUGAAUCGUCAACGCAGAUGGAUGUUGAGGGCGCUGCUGUGCAACUAAAGGAAACAGGGGCCCCGAUUGCCACAACGCCUGUCUCCGACGGGUCUAUUUUUCCAGGCAUGGAGACUAUGGACAGGUUUCGAACAAAUGAGAACACAACCACGCUCCCCCUGGUCUCCUAUGCUUCUGCGGUGGCGGGGAGCGCUAGUACGCAGCAACCUCCGAAGCAAAGGUGGAUCCCUGUGGGUGAGCAUGACCUGGUGCCAGGGACUUUUAACGGCGAGCCGGAACUCAGAGUCUCGGACUCGUUCAGGAAUAAACUCAGCGCUCCUUGGCAGCGGACCCUGGUUGUUAGGCUGCUGGGGCGCUCGAUUGGAUACUCGACUCUGUGCAAUAGACUGAAGGCCCUCUGGCGACCAACUAGCGCGAUGGAAAUCUUUGCUCUGGAUGACGACUGCUUUUUGGUCAAGCUUGGGAACGAUAAGGAUUAUUUUUAUGCUUUGUCUGAAGGCCCAUGGGUUAUCUUUGAUCAUUACUUGGUCGUGCACCAAUGGACUCCCUCUUUCAGGGUGACGGAUAAACUCCCCACCACCAUGGUUUUGUGGGUUCACUUCCCAGGUCUCCCCGUCCAUUUUUACCAUCAAGAACUCCUCUUCGCGCUUGGCAAUAUGAUCGGGAGGGCUAUAAAGCUUGAUUAUCACACUCAACACCAACAACGUGCCAAGUUUGCUAGGAUGGCCGUGGAGGUUGAUCUUUCCAAGCCUCUGGUUCCAAGAAUUAGACUUGACGGCCGUUGGCAAAAGGUGGAAUUCGAGAAUAUCCCUGUUGUUUGCUUUGAGUGUGGCAAGGUCGGCCAUACCAAGGUCACAUGCCCUUUGAUUUGUCAAGACCGGCUGGUUGCGGAUGUUCAUGGCACGUUGCCGUCGUCGGGGUCCGACGCCGGCGAAGGCGACUCCGGGGAUGUAGCCGGGUUCGGGCCGUGGAUGCUAGUCACACGAAAAACUCGGCGCAAUCAAAGGGAGGUGGGGGGACAAGGUAAGUCGGAUCAGAAUCACCUAAGCAACAACGCUCACAAGGCCAGGAAUUCAGGGAAAGGGGAGGAAGGUGAUAAGGAAAGACUUGAGAGUCUCCCGAAAUUGCAGAGUGGUAAAACAGGGAAAGUGGCGGGAUCUUUGCUUGGGAAGAAAGAGGAGGCGAAUAAAGGGAAGGCCCCUGUGACUGGGACAUGA